ACACCAUUGCCUAUAGUUGUUAUUCCCUAUUUGAGCCAGUUCUGAUGAAAGUAAGGUUUAUGCGUUGCCUAUUACUACCCUCAUCCUCCUCUCCACUGUAAUAGGUUUUUUGUGCCUCUUCAGGUAACAAAAUUUACCCCAUUUCACCUUUUUCUUCCCUUUUCUCUCAGUGCGAUCCUCUUUUUUCACUCCUUGGAUUUUUUUUUAUGCCAUUCUAAUCUGCUUAUUCCCACACCUGUCUUUGUAUACUCCUUCUAACCUGAUAAUGAUAAAAAUUUCAAGUUACUAAUAUCAUUACAUGUAAAAUAGUUCAACCUUAUUAAAUCCCUUAAAUUUUCUCACAUUUGCCUUUUUAUGCUUCUUUGAGUUUUGUAUUUGGACAUCAAAUUUUCUGUUUGGAUCUAGUCUUUUCAUCAAGAAUGGUUGGAAAUCUAUUAAAUGGCCUCUUCCCCUCCCCCCCCCAAAAGAAUAUACUCAGUUUUGCUUGUUAGGUGAUUCUUGGUUACGUUCCUUUACCUUUUGAAAUAUCAUAUUCCAAGACUUCUGGUUCUUUAAUUUAGAAGCUGCUACAUUCUGUGUAAUCUUGACUGACUUGAAUUUGGCUAUAAUAUUUCCAAUCAUUUGGGGUUUUAUUUCAAAAGGAGUUAGUGAAUUCUUAUAAUUUCUAUUUUUCCCUCUUGUUCAAGAAUAUCAGGACAAUUUUUCUUUGAUAAUUUUUUGUAAUAUGAUAUCUAGUAUUUUUUGUUUGUUUUUUAAUCAUGACUUUCAGGCAAUCUGGUAGUUGUUAGAUUGCCUUUCGUGGAUCUGUUGUCCAGGUUAAUUGUUUUUUUUUCAGUGAGAUAGUUUAUAUUUUCUUGGGGUUUUUUUAUCUUUUUUAUUUUGUUUCAUGAAGUCAUUAGCUUUUGUUUGCCCAAUUCUAAUUUUCAGGAAAUUAUUUUCUUCUGUGAGUUUUUGAAAAUCUUUUUUCAUUUUGUCAGUGCAGUUUUUUUUUUAAGAAAGUCUUUUUUUAAUUGGAUUUUUGUGCCUCUUUUUCCACUUGGCCAGCUUUGUGCUUUACAUAUCAUCUUAAACAACUUAGUGCCAUAACCUUUGCCUAUGAAUAAUUCUUCUAUCUACUAUGAUAAUGAAAACAAUUUUUAAGAGUUACAGAUAUUUUUUCAUCUAAAAAUAUAAACCAAUUUAACCUUACUGGAGCCCUUAAAUUUUUUCCCCCUCAUUCUUGUUUACCUUUUUAUGGUUCUCUUGAAUUUUAUAUUUGGACAUCAAGUUUUCCAUUUAGUUCUGAUCUUUUUUUUAGGAAUGUUUAGAAAUCUUCUGUUUGUUAAAUGCCCAUACUUUCCCCUGAAAGCAUAUAGUCAGUUUUGAUGGGUAGAUGAUCUUUGGUUGGAGAUCCAAUUCUCUUGCCUUCUCCAUUAUCAUAUUCCAAGCCUUGCAGUCCUUUAGCGUGGAGACUGCCAGAUCCUGUGUGAUCCUGAUUGGGGCUCCUUGAUAUCUGAAUUGUCCCUUUCUGACUCUUUACAGUAUUUUCUCCAUGUCUUGGAAGCUCUUGAAUUUGACUAUUACAUUCCUGGAGGGUUGUCUUUUGAGGAAUUCAUGUAGGGGGUAAUAUAUGGACUCUUUCAAUUUCUAUUUUGCCUUCUUAUUCAAGAAUAUCAGGGUAGUUUUCUUGGAUAAUUUCUUAUAAUAUGAUUUCAAGGCUUUUUUUUUUCUUCCAGGCUUUCUGGUAGACCAGUAAUUCUCAGAUUGUCUCUCCUCGGUCUGUUUUCUAAGUCAGAUGUCUUUUCAAUGAGAUAGUUCAUGUUUCUAUUUUGUCAUUCUUUUGAAUUUGCUUUAUUAAUUCUUGCUGUCUUAUGAGAUCAUUAGCUUUUACUUGCUUAAUUUGAUUUCUGUGCCUCUUUUUCCAUGUGGGCAAUUUUGUCUUUUAAGCUAUUUUCUUUUUGAAUUACUUUCAUUUCUUUUUCCUACUUUUCUUCCCAUUUUUCUUCUAUCUUUCUUACUUGGUUCUUGAACUCUUUUUUUUUUUAGUUCCUUGACAGCUUGUGACCAGUUUGGAGGGGAAAGUUUGGAUGUAUCUGCUUGUUACUCUCCACCAUUUCUUCUGUAUUUUGUUCUUUUUCUCCAUAAAAUUAUCCAGGGUCAAAAGCUUUUUUUCCCCUGCUUAUUUCUUUUGCUACUUUUGGAUUGUGGUUCCUGCAUGUUGGUGGACUUUACUUUCUUAGCUUCUGUCUCGCAGGGUUUUGCCUUGGUAGUAUCUUCCAGGCAGUUCUUUGUGUGACAUACUUUAAAGCGUUUUUCCCUAAGGCUAUUUUUCCAGUCCCUGCUGCCUCUGCUGUGGCCGUCUUCUGUCCAAUCUCUACACUCUGCUGCCCAGGCUCCACGCUCUUCAGCCUCAGGUUCCAAGUCUCACUGCCAAGGCCUUGUACUGCCCUCAGAAACCAUGGCGAGCCCAGGGAAGGACAAUUACCGGAUGAAGAGCUAUAAGAACAAAGCACUGAACCCAGAAGAAAUGAGAAGGCGGCGAGAGGAAGAGGGAAUCCAGCUUCGUAAGCAGAAACGAGAGCAACAGCUUUUUAAACGAAGAAAUGUAGAACUAAUCAGUGAAGAUGCUGCCAUGUUUGACACACUACUCAUGGACUCCUAUGUCACCUCCACCACUGGGGAAAGAGUGAUCACAAGAGAGAUGGUCGAGAUGCUCUUUUCUGAAGACUCUGACCUGCAGUUAGCAACCACACAGAAAUUCCGCAAGCUGCUCUCAAAGGAGCCAAAUCCUCCCAUAGAUGAAGUGAUCAAUACCUCGGGAGUGGUGGACAGGUUUGUGGAAUUUCUGAAGAGGAGCGAGAACUGCACAUUACAGUUUGAAGCUGCCUGGGCCCUGACCAACAUUGCCUCUGGAACCUCACAACAGACCAAAAUUGUCAUUGAAGCUGGGGCUGUCCCUAUCUUCAUAGAAUUACUUAACUCUGACUUUGAGGAUGUACAAGAACAGGCUGUCUGGGCCCUGGGAAACAUAGCCGGUGACAGCUCUGUCUGUAGAGAUUAUGUCCUGAACUGUGCCAUUCUUCCACCAUUGUUGAUACUCCUCACCAAAUCCACACGUGUGACGAUGACCCGGAAUGCUGUCUGGGCCCUGUCAAACCUGUGCCGAGGAAAGAAUCCACCCCCUGAAUUCGAAAAGGUUUCUCCUUGUUUGCCUGUGUUGUCCCGUUUGCUAUUCAGCAGUGACUCAGACUUGCUGGCAGAUGCAUGCUGGGCCCUCUCCUAUCUGUCUGAUGGCCCCAAUGAGAAGAUUCAAGCUGUCAUAGACUCUGGAGUCUGUCGGAGACUGGUGGAGCUCUUGAUGCACAAUGACUACAAAGUGGCCUCCCCUGCCCUUCGAGCAGUAGGCAACAUUGUCACUGGUGAUGAUAUCCAGACCCAGGUGAUACUUAAUUGUUCAGCCCUACCUUGCCUCCUCCACUUACUGAGUAGUCCCAAGGAGUCAAUCCGGAAAGAAGCUUGCUGGACCAUUUCAAACAUCACAGCUGGAAACAGGGCCCAGAUACAGGCUGUCAUAGAUGCAAAUAUUUUUCCUGUGUUGAUCGAGAUACUGCAGAAAGCUGAAUUCCGAACAAGGAAAGAGGCUGCCUGGGCCAUCACCAACGCCACAUCAGGAGGGACUCCUGAGCAGAUCAGGUAUCUGGUUACGUUGGGUUGCAUCAAACCUCUGUGCGACUUGCUGACUGUGAUGGACUCUAAGAUCGUACAGGUUGCCCUCAAUGGCCUUGAAAACAUCCUCCGGUUAGGUGAACAAGAGGCUAAGCGGACGGGUGCAGGGGCCAACCCCUACUGUGGCCUCAUUGAAGAAGCUUAUGGUUUAGACAAGAUCGAGUUUCUCCAGAGUCAUGAGAACCAAGAGAUCUACCAGAAGGCCUUUGACCUCAUUGAGCACUACUUUGGUGUAGAAGAUGAAGACACAGGCCUGACCCCUCGGGUGGAUGAGACACAGCAACAGUUCAUCUUCCAGCAGCCUGAGGCCCCCAUGGAGGGCUUCCAGCUAUAAUGCCUGCUUAGGGGAAGGGAAGGGAGGGAGAAGACAGGAGAGCACCACAGACCAGCCCAUACAGUUUUUGGCAGUGAUGGUUGUGGUGGUGGUGGUGGCGGUGGUGGUGACAGUGGCAACGGCGGCAGCAGCAAAAGGGAGGGACGCCUGGGUUCCCUGCCCCAGUCCAGAGACUGCCUUUGCUGCCCACUCCCUCCCUCCCUUCCCAGGAGACCCCUCUGAGGACAGGCUAAGGUUUUGCUUUUGUGGAGAAAAGGGGAUUUGUUUUUCCUCCUUACCCACUAUAUUUUUGCUGCAUACCUGUCUAACCCAAGAGCCCAGGGUGGAAAAAGGAGGACUGAGGUAACCAAUUUGCACCUUUUUUUUUCCUUUUGUGGUGAUUUUUCUCUUCCUUUUUCCCUUCCUCCCUCCCUAGCCCCUACCCCGGGCUGUGUCAGUCUUACUUUGGGUACUUGAGCAGAUGGAAUAUUCCAAGGGGGGAGGAGGGGAGGAGGGAAGGGAGAGAAUCCAAAAAAAAUAAGUGUUCAUGCUCUGAUGGAAUAUUAAUCCUAGAUGCUUGGAUUGAGUCAUUGAAGCUUUUUCUUUUUCCUUUUGCACAUUUUACUCGUAUUAUAGUUCCUCCUGGCAUCUUGGGAAAAUCCUUGGGUCUCUUAGAGUUGACUGUCCCCUUUCAAAAUCAGUCUCCUACCAGUGGCUGGUACACUAUGGCAAUAGGGAAAACUGCCAUGAUGUUACCAUCCUGGUUGCCUUCCCUUCAUCUGCCUUUCUGCCUCCCCAGGGCUUGGGGCCUUAUGGGGAAUCCAUCCCAACUUACCUGGUUUGGGAAAUAGGCCCACCUUAUGGUUACAAGCUCAACCCCAAGAAAGGGGAUGGUAAAGGCCCUCAGGUGGAAUGACCCAGACGUAGCUACUGAUCCUGCUAUUCCAAAAUUCCCUCCACCCAGCUGUCAAAAUGGUGCAACCCCUAACUUCAUUGUUUACUUGAAACUUCCCCUCAGAGGUGGGACCUGCCCUGAGGUAGCAACAUUUUCUCCUGAGUCCACAGCACGUAACUGUCUCUGGAGUAGGCCUCAGCCCGAUUUCCCACGUUGGAAUGCAGGGAUGGAUGGCAGCACAUGUCGGGAUUGCCAGAGACUUGUGUCUUUAGCCUUUCCUGCUUCUCCUCCACAGCUGGAUCAUGUUCAUUUUACUUACAAAGGAAAGAAUGUCAAAGCUCUGUAUUUUUUAUAUUCUAUAUAUUAGGUAGGCAAGUCUUAAUUCGUUUGAAGAGGAAGUGGAUCUAUGAGCUGUCUUAAUUUCUAAAAAUAGGAUGAUUCUGUGAGGCAGACAGAACUUGGUGACAGUAACUUCCUCUCACAUUAGGUUCCAGUCCUUCUCCCUUCUUUCCUGAGCUCAGUGGGGCCCACAAGCCAGAUCAGGCAUGAGUCAACCUCAAAUUUUCACCUAGCCAAGCACAAGAAGAUGGCCUGGGGGUUAUAAGCAAGGUCUUAGAAGGGAAGGGGACUUAAGGAAAGAAUGGGCUGCAUCUCAGUCUGGCUGGACUCUUGGUAACCCUGAGAUCAAUGAGUGAGCAUAAUGUCCUGGCCAGACCCAACCACAAUUAGCAUCUGAUGACCCAAGUGACCCCCAUACAGUGAUUAUGAAUUCCCACUUUCAUUUUAGACUAGAAGCCUUCUCAGAAUCGUGAAGAAGAGAAGAUGGGAGUUAUCUUCGUCUUUACAUCAUUCUGUUAUCAACAUGAUAUGACAGUGCCCUUCUUCAGAUCUCUUGAGUACUUAGCACCUAGAAUUUACCCCCAGGAAUAUUUGCUCCUUUACUCCCCACAGCAUAAUCUUCAUUUCUUUGUCUGUGGCUACAAAUAGGAGGCAUUUGCUGCUAACCAAGUGACUCUUUGAAGUAGUGAUGGCAGGGAACCAGGACCCUAAGGGAAAGUUUAGACACUGGCCUCUAAAGCUAUGUCCCAGCAAAGACAGACAACACUUUAUACUCAAACUUUAGUGGUCAGAGUAAGUCAGUCUUCUGUUUAGUUGGUCACAAUAAAUACUCUCAAAAUUAUACCUUUUCUCACUUUAAGGGUGGGAAAAGGAUGCUUUUGCACAAAAUGGCCAUCCUUGUUGAUUCUGAACAUAAGACCAUGAGCAUAGUUUUGUCAGUCGUAUCCUUUCAUGCAACAAGGGCCCCUGCUGUCUUGACCAAGGAAGGACACAGAGAAUGCAUGUUGUCUAUCCUCUUACAUUUCAAAAGAAGUUCAUUGGCCAUUUGCCCUCUUCUUCCUUCUCCAUACUCCAAGGUGCUCCAGACUAGUACUGUCUCGGAAGCUGUCAAACUGACAACUUUAAAUGAAAGAUUCUCCCUUUAUAAACUGAUGAACUGUACACUCUUGUGAAAUCCAACUCUGGGCACCAGGGUGUGGCUGCCCAGCUCCCCAGAAGGCAGGAGGACUGAGAUACUCUACUUCAUCAAGCCCUAUAGCAUUUACAAAAUUAACUUACCUCAAAUUAAGAGGGAAAUUUUUCAUUGAUGUCUUUGACCUGAAGAAUGACAUAUUUCUGAACAGUACAUGUUGCACAGAAUCUUAGUCUUUGAAAUUCCUUGUGACCAAAAUAUACUUCAUCUUGGAGCCCCCCAAACAUGAUCUGACAGUCCAUUGGUCCAGCAGAGGGUUUGCAUUGCCACUGCUCAAAGUCUACUUGAUAUACAUGAGAACUAUAGAAACAUUGAAUGCAAAUUGACUUUGUCAGACUUUUCUUUGGUCUUCAGCCAUUCUCAUGCUACUCUUCCUUAUGGAGCCAAUUAUUCAUCUUCAUUCAUUAUUUAUUCCUUAGUAUGCUCCCCAACCAGAGAGGGGGGGGGGGUUCCUUUGGUUUGUCUCACUUGGUGGACACCUUCAGUUCAAGAUCUUAGCUCCCCUUGAUUUUUUAUUCCUGACAGUAUUCCUGUCUAUCCCAAAGUUGCCUUGCCUGCUAGCUCCUUUCUCUGCCUCUAACCUAUCAACUGGUUUCUUGGCAGCUUUGUUAAAUCACUGGUCCCCAAGCCAAGUCUUCAACCUCUAAAUGAGUCUGAACUUGGAAGUCUGGAAAGUUAACACAUGGAACGUAAGGAAGUGGUCGGAGGAGUGGUGCAGAUAUAUAGACCUAGUAUUGAAGAUAAUCAAAGCAAUUUCCUGUGCAGUCAACUUGGAACAUUUUCUGGGACUUUUCCAUUUGAGUUUGAUAAGUAGAUGAAACAAAGACUUAGAAUCUAAGUUUUUUGCUAGUAUCUCCAGAAAAGAGACACCAAGACCUGAGUGGGGUAGAGUGAUAUUAUUAAACUGAAUGAGUCACCAGAUCAUCAGCCAUUUCAUCUCUCUGGUCCUUCCAGCUCAAUUGGUCCAGUUCCAACCCUACAAUCAUCAUGUCUUCCCUCCUCUCUAAAUAGUUGCACACCUUUAGAUGCAAAUGGUGUUUUGUGGACUGUAGCAUCUCUACCCCACCUUCUUUCAGGACCUGCAUUGAUUUUGCCCUUUGCAAGCAGAAAUAUGUGCCAAGGUUUCUUUCAAUAAUCUGGAGACCUAAGAAUCCCUCUCCCCAAGCAGCCCUUUGAACUAUAAUUUAUUAUCAGUUCCAAAAAUUCCUUACCCUAAAAGUUGUUUCUGUUGUAGAUCUGUCUUCUUAAUUUGAGAAGCAUUAUAAGGAGAUUCUGUUUAUUUAAGAAUUCAGAGCAUUCAUGAAACUUCUCCUUUGACCAUGUUCUUCCUUUCUGGGUUAGCACUGUUGGCAUGCCAGAGUGCCUGGCAAGUUCUCCAUAUGCUGCUGUGUCACAUAAACUAGAGAAUCCCCUUGGUGUGACCAAUACAGAUGCUUUGAAAGAAUGCACAGCCCAGGAAAGAGCUCUAUGGAUUCUGCUCUAGAGGUGCUUCCUCCCCUUUGGCUACCUGAAUUCCCAAAAUCACCCCUUCAUUCUUCCUUUCUUCCCUGGGUUCUUUGAGUAAGGGGACUGUGUCCAUGGGCAAACCUUGCCUCUCGCCUGUGGAGUCAUUAGCUUCUCUCUUGUGCCAAAGUCACCACUUUGUCCUUACCUACCAGUGCCCUGAAGGCUUCUCCUCUGAUGGAACCCCCAGUCUGUCCCUGGGCCUGAAGUAGAAGCAGGGAGAUGGAAAGACAAGCGCAUAGGGAAAGGUGGAUGGACUGUGUUCUGCACCUUUGGCUGACGUCCUCCUGGCAAGCCUAACCUCUGUCAGGGAUUGACUGAUUACAACAGUGGAUGCAUUUGCAUUCUGGAAAGAUCAUGGACUUGAGGCAAGUUAGUCAUUCAGGGAGGACUUUCUAGAAAUGGAAGGGGGUAUGUUUUCAGCUCAGACCUUUCACACUAAACUAAAAAAGGUUCUUCUGUGUCUUAGCUUUGAGUUCUCAAAAUCCCAUGGCUUCUACCCAGUAUCCUAAAGGGACUACAUUGGAUCCUGCCUUAAAUCUCCACCUGAAGCUUUUGCUCCAGACUUGAUUCAAGAUCUGCAAUUCCUAUCUCUGGCCAGGUCAAUUGGUAGACAACUAACAGAGAGAGGCCAUUUUCCAAGGUGAUCAGUAGAGGAAUCAUUGCCUGGCUGCUUUAGCAAUGGACAAAGGUUCCCUCUGCUCCCCACACCACCUCAGGGUAGCCUCUGGUGGCUUAGAUAGAUACCUGGGGACUUCUAAACCUCUCUUCCUGCUAAUGCAGGACAAGCAGUCCACACCAUCCCUAGGGUCUGCAAAACCUCUCUGAGCAAUCUCAGGGUGGAAGUGAGGUCAUUGCUUCAGGGGUCAAAGAAGAAAUACAUGCAUACCUGGGACCUUCUGCCUCACAACUGUUUAUGUCAGAGCUUAGCUGUCAAACUUGUUUCCUACCAAGAGAAGAAUUCCAGACUGAAGCCAACUUUGGCCAAGGAGCUGGGGCUGGAGUUCACUGUUACUGAAUGUUUAUUUUCCCAAGCUAGGGUAUCUUCCUACUACAGACCACUAGGGGAAAGAAGAGUGAAUGAAACAAAUUGUGUCCCAGGCAGGUUCCUACCUUCCUUCCAGAAACCAGCCCUGACUAACCAGUUCAGAAACAUUAGCUGGUUUUCCCUUUUUAUUAAGAUGUUUAUUUUUCUCUAUGACUCUUCAACAAAACUGGCUUAUCUCACCUUCUCUCCACCUAUCCACAAAUCUCAAAUGUUCUUAAAGGCCCUUUGAGAUUCAUUAGUCAUAGCUGGGUAAUUCUAGCCUGGAUAUGGGGCAAGACAGACCAUGGAGUUGAGUGCGAUGAGUACAGACUUAACAAAUGAUAUUUAUAUACACAUCAAUUUGAAGAGAAAAAAAAAUGUAUUUCUUUAGGUUUCAAACACUGUGUAACAAAUAUAAUGCAAAAAUAAAGACCUGUUGAAAAGUU